AUGGCUGCCGUUGGGCUCGGUCUCCCUGCCGAAACCUUUAGCGCUGCUGGGAAGUACGGACCUCACCUCCUAGCCCCUACCGCUUCGGACCUGCAAAAAUAUGGCCAAAAAGACACGAUACUUGCAGGGUUCCACACCGACCUCAAUUUCCUGACCAUCCACGGCCGCUCUCGAUACCCCGGUCUCCACAUCUGGGCCCGCAACACUGGCAAGCUGCAAGCCGGAAAGCAGCUCGAGCACUUCACCGGCGGUCUCGUCAAGGCUGGGUUCCACGAAGUCGUGGUCAACGAACGAACCCUCGAUGUCAUCGCCCAGCGCAAGAUCAGCUACCCGGAUCGGCCUCUGGUCCGCAUCUCCUCCACCUUUUUCUGGCAUCUCUCCUCCGACUUUGACCUCGUGCCCCUCCCCGAACUGGCUGAAAAGGCCAGGAGUGUCCGCGCCGAGCAGGCCCAGUUAGGCAGAGACGAGGGAGAGGAGGUGGUGUAUCCGCCUCUCAAGGUGGGCAAGCAAGUUGAAAGAUCGGACAUGGCAAAAACGUUGGUUGAUGACGACAUCACGCGCUAG